AUGGCGGCGACCGUGCCGCCCGCGAACGAGGAUCCCGGUCGGCCUGACCUGCCCGCUGACCAGGUUGACAGUGAUCUCGAUGCGGAGGGAGAAGAGGAGACCGAUCUUUAUGGGAUGGAUCAACAGCUUCAAGAUGCUGUACACAGAGCAUUCUCCAGAGAGGGGGAGGCAGACAACGGAGACGGCGAGGCAGAUGCCGCGGCUGCCCGUGUGAGGAGCCAACAAAACGGUGGCGACGAUGAGACAGAACCCGUCGGUGCAGUCAAAUUACCAGACGACGAAUCAUCUGGGGAUGAUGAUGACGCUGAUGGAGAGUCCGAAAAUGCCGACGGCGAGGGUGAUCCCGCAUUUGAGGAUGAGAAUGACCGAGAGGCAUCCGAAUCAAGCGACUCUGAAUCAGAGGCAGAGGACUGGGAGGCUGAAAGCAAUGGACACGAGGAUGGAGAUGCUGAAAUCCGCAGCCGAACGGAUUGCAUUUUCUGUGGCCAGGAUGAGGAACAUGAUCCAGGCGAGGACUUUGAAGAAUGGCUCACUUGUGUGGUCUGUGGCGACCACUCUCACCGACAAUGCGCGCGAGAACAAGAAGCUUUCAAUGAUACCGAGGAUCUUUGGAAAUGCCCCUCUUGUGUUCAAAAUAAACUAGAGCCUGACCCGGUCGAAAGUCCCUCUCAAGUGAAAUCCGGGCAGUCACACCUGCCUAAAGAGCUUCUUCCUGCGCAUGUGGGGAAGGAAGGAUCUGAUUUCCAUUCGAUAUUUGACACCGGAAUCAGCGAUGAGGUGUUGAACAGUUCCCGCGCACUACGGAAACGAAAAGCAUCAUCAGUGGAAGCAGAGGAACACACCCCUGUGCUUCGAAAGCGACGGCGUCAAACAGAUCACUCCGAUUCCAAUGAUCUUCCUGCUGAAGGAGAGAUGCCUGAGGACCCAUCCCAGCCACGCCCUUUGCGGGCGCGCCGGACACGUGGAGUUGAACGAGAACACGCGCGUGUUGUGACUAAACAAUAUGGCAAACUCAUCAUGGCAUUCCGAUUGGAUGAAGGGAGAGUGAAUCGAAUACUGAACACCCAGAGUCAACCGCAACGCAAGAAGAAGAAAGCACCAAAACCCCCACCCGUACAUCAUGAACCUCAAGCCCAUUUCGCCCCUAUUCCUCCUGCCCCAUACAACCAUUUUACCCCUUUCCACGACCGCGACAGUGAUGACUCAAAAUCCAAGCCGUACGGCGGUAUCUUAUCCGAAGUUGACGCAGACACAUCGAAGACACUUCCUACACAGCUGGACCGUGACAAAUUUGAAUCGGCUCGACAGAAGGCCGAGGAUGAAUGGCAACGCAGAGUACGAGAAGCGGAGCUCAAUGGUGAAGUCACUACAACCUCAAAGGUGUCAGGUCCGCCCUCCAAGAUUAAGUACAUCAACUUUGGCGGUUAUGAGAUUGAAACCUGGUAUGCUGCUCCGUACCCAGAAGAGUACAGUCGCAACCGUGUGCUCUACAUUUGCGAGUUUUGCCUCAAAUACAUGAACUCGGACUAUGUGGCUUGGCGACAUAAGCUUAAAUGCCCUGCCAAGCAUGCACCUGGUGACGAAAUUUAUCGUGAUGGCUCGAUCUCAAUCUUCGAGGUAGAUGGCAGGAAGAAUCCGGUCUAUUGCCAGAAUUUGUGUCUUCUAGCCAAGCUUUUCCUCGGAUCUAAGACCCUUUACUACGAUGUUGAACCGUUUUUGUUUUAUGUCAUGAGCGAGUACGAUGACCUUGGUUGCCAUUUUGUGGGUUAUUUCAGCAAGGAGAAGAGGCCAAGCUCGGCGAACAACGUAUCGUGCAUUCUCACCCUCCCUAUUCACCAACGCAAAGGUUACGGCAAUCUCCUCAUCGAUUUCUCAUACCUCUUGACACGCAUUGAGGGCAAAAAUGGGUCGCCUGAGAAGCCCUUGUCCGAUAUGGGUCUAGUUUCUUACCGCAAUUACUGGCGUCUGAUUUUGUCAUACCAGCUGCGUGACUUGAAAACACCUGUUAGCAUCGCAGAUCUUUCCGACCGGACUGGAAUGACAGCAGACGAUAUUGUGUCCGCCCUUGAGGGGCUUCGAGCUCUAGUUCGGGACCCUAUCACAAAAACCUACGCCUUCCGUCUGGACAACAAGUACUUCGAGGAGGUCAUCCAGAAGUGGGAAAGUAAGGGCUACGUCACACUGAACCCUGAUGCAUUGCUGUGGACUCCGUAUAUUAUGGGUCGCAACAAUCAGUCUCAGUUUGAUCGCGCCCCAAUGCAUGCUGUUGCGCCUCGUGAGGAUCUUGAUGAGGAAGAUGAAGAUGCCGAGAUGAAGGAUGUGGAGGAUAGAGAUCAGGUACCGGCCAUGAAUGGUCAUGCUGAUGGUCUUGGGGAACCUGCCGGGCCACCAUCCACCUCUCUUCAGCAACCGAAUGGAGUUCAUCCUCCCGACAACUCGGCCACGCCAGUUCCUCCCCCUGCCGCCGGCAUUCCUCCUUCUCGAUUUGAGCUCUGGCCUCCGGUCCAUAUUCCUCCCACCGGUCGGCGCAAACCCGGUCGCCCGAUGGGCAGUAGGCUUAGUAACGCUCGAGCAUCAAUGACACCAACAACGGUGCGCACAAGUGGUCGCAACACCCCGCGGAGGCCAUCUGGACUCCCGGCAGUCACAUCAUCCAUCAGUCGUCGCGGGCGAAGUAAGUUGACUGGUUCUCCGGCUGCGGAGGACAACCCUCCUCAAUUGAAUGGUAUCGAUGCGGACGCAGAUGUGGAUGGCGAUGGAGAGCCGGACGACGCCGUUGAAGAGCCGGUGGAAGAUGAGUUAGUGGUUGACGCAGUUUCUGACGAGCUUGUCGACGAGUCACCCGAGGUGGAUGACAGUGCCGAGCCAGCCAAUGGUGAUGAAUCACCCAACGAAGUCAUCAAAACAAAUGGCGUCGAUCAUGAGUCUUCAGCUGGGGCCGAGGCCGAAACCAAGUUUGAUUCUGAUUCUAGGCUCGAGUCCGAGCCUGUACCCGAGCCCGAAGCUCCGAAGACACCAGAGAAGAAAUCCAAAUCCAAGUCACGAUCUCCAGAGACGGCAACUUCUCACCGCUCUAGGCGGAAGCAGCCGGACAAUCCUCCUAAGACUCCCACCUCGGUCGGCCGCAAAGCCUUGGUCGAAAAAAUCCAGGUCGUGGUCCCUGAGCCUAGUUCCGUUCGAAGCAGUGCCAAGAAAAGUGCUCCCCUUACGAAUGGCAUGAGCCCUGAUAUUGAUGCCGAAGGCGAGGAUGAUCCCGAUGCGGACGGGGAGUACGAGGUGGAUGGCGACAUGGUAAUGGAAACAUGA